AGCCGGGCGGCGGACUGAUCUAUGAGUAAGAUUUAGGAGGAAACGUCCGCUUCUGCCGCUCCGGAGGAAAAAAAGCUUCCGUCCCGAGUCGCCAAGCCUGGAGCACACAAGUCAUGUUCAAGUGUGAAACCAGGCAAAGAGCGGGCAACGACUUCAUCAAGUCUAUCGGAGACGGCGCGGCAGAAAAGCGUAGGACCACCGUUUUCAGAGUGGGUAUUACCUUAGGCAUCCUAUCUGCUCAUUUCGGGGGGGCGAGGAUUCUCGAUCAGAAACCUCACACGGUGGAAAUGGGGAAGGACUAUUACAAGAUCUUGGGCAUCCCGAACGGGGCAAACGAGGAUGAGAUCAAGAAGGCCUAUCGAAAAAUGGCGCUUAAAUACCACCCGGACAAGAACAAGGACGCCAACGCCGAGGACAAGUUCAAGGAGAUCGCCGAGGCCUACGACGUUCUCAGUGACCCCAAAAAGAGGGCUGUGUACGACCAGUACGGGGAGGAAGGUCUGAAGACGGGUGGAGGGUCGUCUGGUAACACCGGGAGCUCCUUCCAUUACACGUUCCACGGGGACCCCCACGCCACGUUCGCGUCGUUCUUCGGCGGUUCGAACCCCUUCGACAUCUUCUUCGGCUCCAGCCGCUCCCGGAUGCACAACGGCUUCGACCACGAAGACAUGGACAUCGACGACGACGACGACGACCCCUUCGGGGGCUUUGGACGCUUUGGCUUCAACGGCGUGAACGGGCUUCACCGGCGGCACGGCGAUCAGCUCCACUCCCGCCGGAAGGUGCAGGACCCCCCCGUGGUGCACGAGCUGAAGGUCUCCCUGGAGGAGAUCUUCCACGGCUGCACCAAGCGCAUGAAGAUCACGCGGCGGAGGCUCAACCCGGACGGAAGGUCGCUGAGAACUGAGGACAAGAUCCUCAACGUGGUCAUCAAGAAAGGCUGGAAGGAAGGGACCAAGAUCACCUUCCCCAAGGAGGGCGACGCCACGUCCGACAACAUCCCGGCAGACAUCGUGUUUCUACUGAAGGAUAAACCUCAUGCCCACUUCAAGCGGGACGGCUCCAACGUGAUCUACACCGCCAAGAUCGCACUCAAAGAGGCCUUGUGCGGCUGCACUGUGAACAUUCCCACCAUCGACGGCCGCGUCAUCCCGCUGCCCUGUAGCGAUGUCAUCAAGCCGGGCACCGUGAAGAGAUUGCGGGGCGAGGGGCUACCCUUCCCCAAAGUGCCUAAUCAGCGGGGCGACCUAAUUGUGGAGUUUCAAAUACGGUUCCCGGACAGAAUACCCCAACCGACUCGCGAACUCCUCAAACAGCACCUCCCCUGCUCGUAGUACCCUCCAUGGACAGCUGGGGGCGCCAGAGGCCAAGCAAUACGUCACAAACCCGUGCCAAGACUCCACGACUUCUACCCCGAUCCGUUGUCUCCUCGCUCCACGUGCAUUCUAUGCAGAGGUCCCCCAAGCCCGAGUACACAGGGGCCGCUCCCACGGCCUGUGCCCCAUCCUUGCGUUUUCAGGUCACCGCCACGAUAAAG